GUUUCUCCAAAGGCUCACAUGGCCGCAGCUGCUUCCGCGGCGGCGAUGGAGGAAGAGGAGGAGGAGGAAGAAGAAGAGGAAGCAUGGUUGAUGGACUCCCUGAGGCUAUACAACGACCUGCAUCUCUUUGAACUCCCCGGGCCCACCAGAGUCAUCGAAUGGACAGGAGACCAACGCAUUUGUGUUGCUGGAUACGAGAAUGGGAGCAGGAACGAAAUUCUGCAGCUGCUUCUGCCUCCAAGGCUGCUCGCAAAACAGAAUAAGGGCUUAUGUCCGGAGAGAGAUUUCAAGGUUGAAAGGGGUGGAAUCUGUGAUCGGCCCAUCUACAGACUCAAACAUGUCCCGGGAACCAGCUUGUUGGUAACCAGUGGGCCACCGGACAGCACACUGCAAGUUUGGCGAAUCGAAGCAGAUGAAACAGAUGUGAUUAAGCUACUGAGUGUCAUCUCUCCCACAAAGACAGAAGAUACCUCCUGGUCCAAAAUUGCAACCAGCUGUGCCAAACCGGCCUGCGUCCUCCACGGGCAAAGAAUCUGCAAUCUCCAAAUGACGGAAAUUGAAUCGGAGAAAAGUCCUUGGGUGGCUGCCUCUGCCAGCCCUGAUAAAAUUGCCAGUCUGGACUUCUUGGAUGAAGCCACCGCUGUGGUGUGUGGUGCCAAAGGGCAGCUGUUCCUUGUGGAUUUCCGGCAACAGCAGGGGAUUCUGGGAGCUCUCGAGGAGGCUCGGACCCCUUGGGCCCAGACAGAGGGGCUGAGCUGGUGUGCAGGAGUCGGUUCUAGAGAGACGCCACUGAUUGCCCGUCUCUCCUCGGGUGGCCUCGUUGUGUUGACGGACAUCAGACACCCUUCCAGCCCCCUGAAAGUGGCCCAAUGCUGCGUUCCCAUCCCUAAUCUCUGCGGGACAGAGUUCCUGUCCAUCAGCUUGGCUCCUGUACUAGCCGACAACCUGGCGGUGUCAGCUAUUGGAAUAUGGGCUUCUCAGAAAACCAGACAGAAGGAACAUCAGAAGCCCAGUGAAGUAGCCAUGGUGGGACGCAGGAACAUGAAUUUUUGCAUUGGGUUGUUCACGGCAACUGCAACAUGGGUUGGAGGAGCUUAUAUCAAUGGCACGGCUGAAAUUGCCUACCACCCUUCAAAAGGACUGGUGUGGGUUCAAGCUCCGGUUGGCUUUGCUUUGUCUCUCCUUGUUGGAGGGUUCUUCUUUGUCAAGCCAAUGAGAAUGAGAAAUUACGUGACUCUGAUGGAUCCAAUCCAAGAGAUGUAUGGGAAUGCGAUGGGCUGUCUACUUUUUAUUCCUCCAUUGAUUGCGGACAUAUUCUGGUUUGCUGCUGUUCUUGCUUCUUUAGAAGCAACCAUGAAGGUCAUUUUGGACAUCCAGGGUUAUGUUGCCAUCAUUCUUUCUGCAUGUACGGUGAUAUUGUAUACUUUGCUAGGAGGUUUGUAUUCAGUGGCCUAUACAGAUGUGAUACAAUUGAUCUUUAUAUCCCUCAGUCUGUGGAUUUGUAUCCCUUUUGCCAUCAUGAACCCUGCUACAGAAAACAUUUUUUAUACAGCUACCCACAAUAUAUCCCAAGCCCCUUGGACAGGAACAAUAGAACCAGAGUUUUAUGGAAGAUGGUUUGAUGAUUUCUUAUAUUUGGUGCUUGGGGCCAUCCCAUGGCAAACCUAUUUCCAGCGAGUUCUCGCAGUUUCCUCCCACAAAGAAGCCAGAUUAAUUUCCUAUUUUUCUGGACUGGGCUGCUUCAUCAUGGCUAUCCCUUCUGUAUUGAUAGGAGCAGUUGCUGCCUCCACAGACUGGAACCAGACCGACUAUGGCCUCCCCACCCCGUAUGAACGAAACGAGUCCGCUCUCAUACUUCCAUUAGUCCUUCAGCAUCUCUGCCCGAUGUACAUCUCCGUCGGUGGUUUGGGUGCCAUCGCAGCCGCUGUGAUGUCCUCUGGAGAUUCUGCUCUGCUCUCCGCCAGUUCCAUGUUUGCUCAUAACAUCUACAGGAAAAUAUUCCGGAAAAAGGCAACAGAGAAAGAGGUCCUAUGGGCAAUGAGAGUCUCCAUGAUGGUGUUUGGGAUAAUUUCAGCAGUUCUGGCUUUCUAUUCCCAUUCGAUUUAUGACCUCUGGUUCUUGAGUGGAGAGCUAGUAUACACCCUCCUCUUCCCCCAGUUGUGCUGUGCUCUGUUUCUUCCCAGCACCAACACCUACGGCUCCGGGGUUGGGUUCUUCCUUGGCUUUCUUCUACGGCUAUUGGCAGGAGAACCAUCCUUGAAGAUCUCCCCUGUGAUCUGUUACCCGGGAUGCUCGGUGGUAGAAGGUGUCUCCGUCCAGCUCUUUCCAUUCAAGAUGGUCACCAUGCUGAUCACGCUACUUACCAUCUUCUCCACUUCCCAUCUGGCCAGAUUUAUGUUCAAGAGCGGAAUCCUUCCUGCUGAAUGGGACGUCUGCCAAGUUAUUGUGGAUGACGCCGUGCCCGUUCCCUUCUCCUGGGGAGAAAGGCAGAUGGAUGUGCGAAAAGAUCCAGAAUUGAGAGCAAGCAGAGGAAAGCGGUUAUGAAAGAUAUUUGACGGUAUCAUUCUUCCGUUACCACCGAUUGUUGGGAAGCUCCUUUGAGCGGUAGGAAGAAAAUAUCCAUCUGGUUCAGUUCCAAGCUGGAAACAUGGAGGCUGAUUGGAAAGAUGGUUUAUUGAUGAAGCAGAACCACCUGUGAUUCUGGGCAGCUGACAAAAUGGAGUUGAGAGUGUGGGGGAAUUAUAUCUUCUUUGGGCUUUGUAUUUGAACUUCCUGUUCCUGUGCAAGAACAUGCCCUUUAAUAUUCUUUUGGCUAGUGUCAGAUUCCUAUGGGGUCAUGUAGGGGUCAUAGCUGGCUCUAUAGGCAAAAGAGGAAAUGCAAAUCCUAGGUGCUUGUCUGAGCUAAGUUUGGUUGAAGUUUGGACUGCUCUGAAAGGGUGUUGGGCAAUUCUAUUGUGGCUUAAUGGCUUUUGCCCUGUGUUGGAUCUUGAGUGAGGGCUAAUCCUGUCUUGAAUGGAUUACCAAAUCUACAUUUCUAAAAGCUGCCUCUUCAGUGUCUGCUGGAGCUAUUAAGAGAGGCUGAGUCGGUUUCCGGCCUCAAAAUAAGAAAAAACGUUUCUCCAUUUUUCAUUAGGGAAAUAUAAUAUUCUGUCUUUUUAAUAUUCCUCAAAAUAUUUCAUUCUUCCAGGGGAGAGGUAGGUGCUAACUUUCUACAGAGCAAUGAAAAAAAGUUGGCAGAUAGGUCAGAAUUCAAAAUCACAGCAGUGUCUUUACAUUAUAGCAGCUGAAACACUUUUGCAAGUACUUCUGAUUGUAUAGCUGAGCUCUUUAUACGCCAAGAACAUUAAUUUAGAUGUAGUUAUGGAAGUGCUGCUUGCUGUUUUGUUUUGUUUUUUUGAAUAUUUAUUUUACUUAAUAUUUCAAUUCUGAGGCUACCUGACUCCAUAGUGAUUCUGGCAGUGAUUGUCUUACAAUUAAAAAUUUAAAAGGAAUGCAUGAGGAAACCACAGAGAAUGUUACUCUCCUUUGAUCCUUGCAGGGAAAUCAUACAGAAAUAGCAAUACUGGUUACAUAGCACAUUUAACAAGCCAUUCUAUGGUCUUUGUUGUUAUAGUCCAGAGUCCAGACCCUACUUUAUACUUCCCAACAAUUAGAAACUAUAUAUUGGGCAGCAAAGAUCUUUAUAUCAACCUAAUCAUCAAAACCAUCCUUACAUUUUUAAUAAAUCCAUUGAAAAAGUACAACUUGCCAUAAAAAUGUUCCCAUGUAUAGUGUGCUAGAUUUCCGGGUUGCUCCAUUCCAUUAGGAUUUUGUGUUACACUUGUAUAACUAUAACAGCGUUCCACAACCGUAGCAGCUUGAGGAUAUGUUGACUUCAAUUCCCAGAACUCCUCAGCCAACAUGUCUGGCUGGGGAAUUCUGGGAAUUGAAGUUCACACAUCUUCAAGUUGCCAAGGAACGUUAUUAAAAAUGUAAGGAUGGUUUUGAUGACUGGGUUGAUACAAAGAUCUUUGCUGCAGGUCCCCGGGUUUUAUGUCCUCUCUGGCUUUGAACUUCCUGGGCCCCCGAAAGAGUAUCCUGAUUGGUUGUCAGACUCCCAGGGGGUGGGGGUCUUAGCUAGCCUUGCUGGCUGAUGUAAUCUUCCCAGGUGCCAUGUGGUGAGUUUCUGUUGCUAGAUGGGUCCUAUUGUGUUGUAGAUGGUCCAUUGACAAAGAUUGAGUUUCUGCCUCUGGUCCAUUGACAAAGGGUGGGUGGGGGGCAGGAAGAUGGGAGCUGCUUCGUCUUUAAAACAUGCUUCUCCAUUUCUCAUCCAGGGAAACAUAAUAUUCUGCCUUUUUAAUAUUUCCCAAAAUAUUUCAUUCCUCUAGGAAAGGGUGGGUGCUAACUUCCUACACUUUCUCAUAUUGUUUCGGAUCUGCCCAUAUCCCUGAAGUACAAGUACCAUUGUAGGAAAUUAGCACCCACCCCUCUCCUAGAAGAAUGAAAUAUUCUAGGAAAUAUUAAAAAGGCAGAAUAUUAUAUUUCCCUGGAUGAGAAAUGGAGAAACAUGUUUUUUUAGGCAGGAAGCAGACUCACUCUUAAUAGCCCCCACCCUCCUCAAUAGCCCACAGCAGAUGUCAGCACUUAAGAGAUAAAGAGAUAGCUAGGUCUAUUCAUAAGCAAAUACCAACACCCAAGAUCCAACAAAGGUAGGAUUAGCCCUUUACCCAUCUAGCAACAGAACUCACCACAUGGCACCUGGGGAGAUUGCAUCACCCAGCAAGAUUCAACCAAGCCUGGGACUCAAAUACAACUUACAAAGUUACCCCUGCAUGGCCCCAUGUGAGUCUGACAACCAAUCAGAAUACAAGCUCAAAUUCAAAGCCCAACAGAGGGUAUACAUCUCUCUCUCUCUCUCUCUCUCUCUCUCUCUCUCUCUCUCACCCAUGUGCUUUUUUGCCGAGGACCUCAAAACCAUGUGGUCCUGCCCACCAUUGAACAAUAUUUUCAAGCAGCCUCCAUAUUUUCAGUGUCUUUCUCCCCACUUGGAACCGAACCCAGAUGGACAUGUCUUCCAACACCGUUUUGUCAAUGUACAUUUCUCCUUCCUUCAAGAGCAGACAUUUUUAUGAUGGAACCUUCAGCAUUUUCUCAAGGUUUCAAAUCUGCCAUGACACCCCCCCCCGCCAAAAAAAUAUUCAAAUUGGAUAUUCUGCUUUCAUUGUCAUUCCAGAUAGAAAAUUUAACAACAACCACUCACCCUCUCAAUUUCCAAUGUAACUUUCUGGAUGCAUCCUUUUUUUACUUACAACUGGUAGAGAAUAUCCAUCCAUAUCCUUACAAUAAUGAGAAGCGCAUUGAUCUGCCAUGCUGUUCUUCAAAAUAAUAUACCAACUUGGAGUCUUUACUUUAAUGCUUAUAAGCCUCACGGCUGACAUCAGGGAGACCAUGCAUUUUAUACGUCUGUUCUGAGCAACCCAUCAAAGUAACCUGUACAUAUAAAUGUUACGUUUCAGCAGCCUACAUUUUGUGGUUCAACAUGGAUAUGUGUGUCUAAGAAUGAUCUUCUACAAGAAUCUUCUGACAAAGCACAAUAUGAAAAAAAAAAUCCUUCUGCCAACUAUGUGAAAGGCAGACAGUUUAAAGUAAGGUAAAGGUUCCCCUCGCACAUAUGUGCUAGUCGUUCCUGACUCUAGGGGCCGGUGCUCAUCUCCGUUUCAAAGCCGAAGAGCCAGCGCUGUCCGAAGACGUCUCUGUGGUCAUGUGGCUGGCAUGACUAAACACCAAAGGUGCACGGAACUCUGUUACCUUCCCACCAAAGGUGGUCCCUAUUUUUCUACUUUUCAUUUUUAACGUGCUUUCGAACUGCUACGUUGGUAGAAGCUGGGACAAGUAACGGGAGCUCACCCCAUUACGCGGCACUAGGGAUUUGAAUCGCUGAACUGCCAACCUUUCUAUUGACAAGCUCAGCAUCUUAGCCACUGAGCCACUGCGUCCCUUUUAGACAGUUUACUGUUAGUCUAAUAAAAUAGUCUCAAACAGUAAACUGCAGACAGUUUACUGUUAGUCUAGUAAAAUAGUCUGAAAGCCAGAUAUUGUGUUAAUAAGAAGAUGGAAACUGCCAUCUUUGGGUAAAUUUCUAAUACGCCAUGUGGCAGAUAAGAGCUUUUUGGCUCCUGUUAGUCUGAUGCUCUUUUCUAAGUAUAUUCUUAAUUCUAUUAUUAAUGAUUUCGGAUCCCCAGAGAAAUUUUAAAACCUCACAGGAUACAAAGGUGGGAGGAAAACUGAGCUGCUGAUACCUAAAGAGGGGAGAUAUAGAAGAAUUGGAAAUACAGUUCCUAUUUUUGUUUAAUUCUGUGUAACCAAACUAAAAUAAUAAUAUAACACAGGAAAUAUGAAAAAAUAUAAAAAAUAUGUAUACUGGAUUAAAGCACACAUUCUUUCACAAUUAAUAAAAGACUCUUACUGUCAAUAUUCCUACGGCAGGAACUUUAAUAAAAUCAAUUAUAAAUUAAUAAAAGA